AUGACAGGAAGCAAACAACACCCAACUCCUUCUUCGGGUGUUGCUGAACAUGAACCACCACGAUCCACCACUCCCUCACUACAACCAUCAUUCAGCUCCGAUGAUGACGAUGCUGGAGGUAGUGAACGCUCGACUCGACGACGAAAAAGUUCAACAAAUUCAUCAUCCAAUAAGAGAAAUUCAUCGUGUCGAUUCGAUUCUCGAUGGGUUUUUUCAAUCAUCAUUAUUUUGAUACUCUCGGCAUACAUUUAUCACUUUGAUGGUAUUCCAAUCAUUCAUAACAUGGUAGAAGACUAUUUUUCCAAGAAUUUAUGGAUGGGUAACAACGAUUCUCGUAGUGUUUCUUCGAUCUAUCAUAAAAAUGUGUAUUGGCAACAAAGUGCCACUUCAAGUGAUAAAAGUAGUACUAGUGUUAGUACUAGUGGUAGUAUUAGUGGUAGUACUGAUAGUAGUACUGAUAGUAGUAAUACUGUUAGAGAUGAGUUCACUUCUCAAAAUGUAAAUUUCAAAUUUUAUCACUACAAUUGUACAGGUGAUCAUUCGGUUCAGAGUCUCCCUGGAUAUGGUCCAGUGAAUAAGGAUGAUGCUUUAUUGUAUUCCUAUGCAGGCCACAUUUCUAUCUAUCGAGAGGACACCAAUAAGGAUCGAAAAGGUGCAAUGUUUUAUUGGUUUUUUGGAAGAACAAGUCAAGAUGAGUCAAAACGACCAAUUUUGCUUUGGUUACAAGGUGGACCUUCAGCAUCUUCAAUGAUUGGAGCAUUUGAAGAAUACAUUUCACCAUUUUACAUUCAAAACUUGACUGAAAAUCAAGGUUUAACUCUUCACUAUAACAAUCAAUCAUGGAUUUCUUAUUGUGACUUGUUAUUUAUUGACCAACCUGUUGGAACUGGAUUUGGUUAUGCAGAAAGUGAAAAAGAUUAUGCCACGACUCGUCACCAAGUAUCCAAUGACUUGUACAGUGUCUUGUUAAACUUUUUUGACAAGUAUCCACAAUUUAGAGAACGUGAUUUAAUAUUUUCAGGAGAAAGCUAUGCAGGAAAAUAUCUCCCUUCAUUAGGAGAGAGAGUUUAUUUGAUCCAAAAUCAUCGCAUUGCUGAUUCUGCUCAACAUUUACCCUAUCCUAAAAUUCAACAUCAUAAUAUUCACAAGAGACUUUUAGGUAUCAUUAUUGGUGAUGGAUUUACUGCACCAAUUGUACAGAGAGUUCUAAAAGCUGACCAAGCCUAUUGGAGUGGAUUAUUGGGAUAUCAACAACGACAACAAUUGAAAACACUUCAAAGAGAAUGUAUUCGACAUAUUCAAACUGGAAAUACUGUGGAAUCUGGAUCAGCAUGUGAAGAUGUUAAAUCCUAUCUCUUAAUUGCAUCUGGUGUCAUUAAUAUUUAUGAUAUUAGAACCUUUGCUCCAUCGACGGAUAAGAUUCGUUUGGAAGCGUAUUUGAAUCAACCUGAAGUGAAAAAAGCAAUUCACAUUUUAGAUGAAUCAUGUUCAAACAAACCAGAUGAUAUUCAUUUUGUGCCAUCCAGACUUAAUCCAGUCUAUGACAAACUUCGUGCAGAUAUCUUUGUGGAUUUGAGAGAUUUAAUUCCACUUCUCGCUGAAAAAACAAAAGUUUUAUUGUAUGGUGGAAAUUUUGAUUUACAAGAUGGACCUCAACCAAUUGAGAGAUUUUUAUUAACCAUGAGUGAAUAUUAUCCUAUUAUGCAUAAAUGGAAAGAAUCUCCAAGGAAUUUGUUGUUUGUGAACAACAAAGUGGCAGGAUAUGAAAAAUCAUUUGGUAAUUUUUCAUUUGUUACCAUAUUUGGAAAUGGACAUUUUGUUCAUAAUCAGAGAGAGUCCAUGAGAGAAUUAUUGAGAAGAUUCAUUGAACAAACUUCAUCCACACAUCUCUCAUUUUGUUCCAAGGAUGAAUCUAUUCCUGUACGAUUUAAAACAUUGACACCCUCUACUUUUCUCAAAUAUCUCUAUGAUAACAAAACAAAUGAUCACAGAAUUCCAUGUCAGAGUCAACAAUUAAUUUGUGAAACAAUUCUUAAAAAUUGCAAUGGCCAUGGAAUUUGUAAUCACGGGUAUUGUACUUGUAAUAAGGGAUAUAUUGGAGAGACCUGUGAAAAUACUGUUAAAACCAUUCCAGUAGGAUAUGAAACCGAUCCUAAUGAUCCCAUUGUGUUGAAACAGCAAGAAAUUUAUUACGGUGGAAUUCAUUUACAAAAUUUAAUGGCCAUUACAACCAUUCAAGUUGAUUGGAGACCAAAAUUAAGGAAAAAAGAAGGCCAACCUUUGAAUGCAUUUGAUUACAAAUACGAUACUGUCUCCAAGCCAACAUCAAAACUUUGUCUUUUUACCAAACGUGGUGACAUUCCAACAAUUGAUAAUUAUGAUAAGGCUCACUGUAAAGAAAAUUAUUUUGAUGGUCCUCUUCUUGUGGUAUCGAACAGCACAGCCUCAGAAGAAAAGAAGGGAAAACUCUAUUUUGGUUUAUUUAACACAAUGCAUUACGAAGUAGAAUGCGAAUUGAAAGUAUUGACAUGGAAUCAAGAGUAUUCCAUCUUUCUAUUGGAUGAAACAGCUGCCAAUCUGAUUAAGGAACGAGAUUUUAUGGUUGGCCUGUCUGCUCUGUUGAUCUUGAUCCUUCUAGCUCUUGUCAUUUCAAUAAUGUUCAAAUAA